AUGGAUGCAGAUGGUUAUCCUUAUUAUCGCCGCCGAGACGAAGGAAUCAGGUUUACACAAAAUAGCAGUGUAUUUGAUAAUCGUCAUGUUGUACCAUACAAUCCUGAAUUAUUAAAAACUUUCAAUUGUCACAUUAACGUAGAAGUUGUAUGCUCAGUGAGAGCUGUUAAAUAUUUAUUUAAAUAUGUUUAUAAAGGCCAUGAUAAAGCAAGAAUAGAAGUAAAGGGAAGAACACCAAAGACUAGAGAAGAAGCUCAUGCGUCCCAUGAUUCUCGAGAUGACUCUAAUAAUUUCAAUAACGUUAGCGAUUAUGAUGAAAUACGCAAUUUUGUUGAUGCUCGCUACGUUGGGCCUGUAGAAGCUGUUUGGCGUAUUUUAUCAAAAGAUCUUCAGGACAAAAGUCAUUCCAUAAUUCGUUUACCAGUACAUUUACCAAAUGAACAAAGUAUUACUAUUAAUGAUAAUUGUACUAAAGAAGAACUUCAAGAUGCUUUAGAAAAAAAAUCCAUUCCUGCUCAAGUUGAAUUAUUUCAUCUAAGAUUAUUAUUAAUUCACAUCAAAGGUGCAAAAAGUUUCGAAGAACUAAGAACGGUAAAUGGAACUCUUUAUGAUACUUUUAUGUCUACAUGUUUAGCAGCUGGACUGAUAGAAGACGAUCAAGAGUGGAGAAGAACAUUAAAUGAAGCGAUAAUAUGGAUGAUGCCACGGCAAUUACGCUGUUUAUUUGUUCGAAUGUUGAUUCAUUGUCAUCCACUUCGACCAGAAGAUUUAUGGGAAGAAUUUAAAGGAUCUAUGUCCGAGGAUUAUAACAGACGUUUCGGAGCAGAAGAAGGAGAGAAAAAAGCAUACAUAUACAUCAAUUCUAUGUUGAAUCGUGAAGGUUACAGUCUUUCGGCGUUUCCCAAUAUGAUUCAAAUAAAUGAAAUUGAUGAUGGAUUAUUAGAUGGUGAACUAUUGCAAACUGUAAACGCGAACGACUCACAUACGUAUUACAAUAAACUUAAUGUCCGUCAAAAAGAGGUAGUCAAUUUUAUAUUAAGCUCAAUUAAGAGUGAAAGGCUUUCGACAUCUAAUUGA